UUGAUUUUGCUUUCAACGGUCGCGGAUUGCUAACUAUCCUCAUUUUGAAAAAGUUCUCUUCUUUAAGUUCAAGAUAUUCCCGUCAUCACGCUCACAUCCUUCAUGAUGCAAGAAGUUCCAGCAGCCCUAAUGAACGCAGAGCGUAGGGUGACCUACAAAAGGGCCGUGCCCCUGAGCUCUCUUGAAGGUAUCGCUCUGAUCAAGUCCAUUGGGGACAAGAAGUCCCUUUUCACCGUGCGACUCUUCAUCGGUGAUGGGCCGAAACCCAGUGAAAGCUUUGACCAGCACGCGAGGAGCCUCUACAGAUUUGGCACCCGAAGGCAGAUCCGAACCGUAGUAGGGGUCCGAUUUCCAAGAAGAAACCCUGGUUCUGGUUUGGAUAGCACCAAUCUGCCCGGUCGACUCAAGCGGCUCGCCGAGUCUGGGGAAUUUGAGGACAUGACAUAUGAGGAGCAGUUCGCGACUGCUGUGCUGAAUGGCUUCCGACCUUCAGCCACGGAUGCCCGCUUUGCGCCGCUCAUUUCUUACAAACCUGCAUCAACGGCAUUGGUCCGUUACUUACUUGAUGACGGCGAUGAGGAUGCCGCUCCAGCUCAGCAACCCCGAGGUUUCUUCGCUUGGAUUUUUGCUGCCCUCCAAGCCAUGCUCCCAUUUUAA